GGGAGGAGGCGCGCGUCCCGGACUUGGUCUGGAGGGGGCGCCUGGGCACUAGAUCAGGGAUGGUGCAGCGGCCGUGGAGGCGGCGGCUGCCCGGGCUGUGAGCUGGGGCCACCUGCAGCCGGCAUGGGGCGGUGGCGGAGGCUGCUCCGGGCGCUCGGCUGUUUCCUCCUCUUGCUGCUGCUACCACCUCUCUUGUUCCUUGGGGCCGGGGCUGCUGGGGAUCGCCCGUUGCAAGUGCUGCACGGCUGCCUGUUUGACAGAAGACUGUGCUCCCAGCAAGAAGUCUGUGUGCAAGAUGGCUUGUUUGGUCAGUGCCAGGAGAGCUCACAGAGAGAUCGUCCUUACUUCCAAGUCACCGCCCCUGUGCUCCAACGUCUCCAAGGUGUGCUUCGGCACCUUAUGGCACAAGGCUUGUCAUGGCAGGAUGACCUUACCCAGUACAUGAUCUCGCGGGAGAUGGAACGCAUCCCCAGGGUUCACCUUCCACCUUCCUGGGAAUCUGUGGCUGAGAACAGACUCCCACCUCUGCCUCCCAGGGGAUCUUCUUUGCCAUCUGAGCCUGCCUCGCUCCAGACAGCUCAUCAGCCCCCUCUCCCUCCUGCCCUCCUGCAGCGGUACCUGGAGCUGCUGCUGGCUUCCCAGCCUGAAUUAGGUUACAAGGAUGCAUUCCUUUCCUCUCACCCCCAUCAUCAGUUCAGCUACUCUGACAGCACUUUUCAGGACAGCCCCAGCGUUCACAACCCAGAGCCUCCUAUCCUCCCGGACCGAGCGGCUGCUUCUAAGGCCCUCUUUGGUGUCAGCACUGCCCCUUCCUACAGGGGGCAGCAGGGAUUGGAUGGAGGUCAGCUUUUCCAAGACCUGGGAGCACUUUACUUGACCCAAGGGCAGGCAAGUAAAUACAGACCCAGGACUCAGCACAAGCAGGAUUUCAGGAAAGAUGGCAACCUUCAGGACUUUGAGGAUAACUCCGAAGAUGGAGUGGAGACACAGACACUGUUGGAAGACCCAGACAGAGCUGUACAGAGACUGAUGGCAGUGCUUGCCAGCUACGGGAUUAGGCCACAAGACAUGAUCCGGCUCCUGCAGGAUCCAGGUAAACAAGUUGUUGGGUUUGGACUGGAGACCCCGGAGUCCAAGAGGGCAACAGAAGCUGAAAUGCAACACGGGGAGGAGCUGGAGCCCCCACCCUCUCAACAGGGCUACAUUAGCACUCUCCCCACAGAGGGACAAAUACAGGCACAGGGGGAGACGCUUGGCCCAACCGAAGCCAAGAUGGCAAUGACAACAUCUUCCCCAGAAGAGCAUGAACCCAUGCAUCCAAAUGAGAGGGACACAGGAGGUUCUGUGGGGCAGGUGAUGGAGAAGAAGAGCCACACAGCAUACGGAGGGCCUAGCAAGGAGUUGGGCCGGUCAGAGACAACACUGGCUGCUGAGGAAUAUGGCUACAUCGUCACUGACCAGAACCCACUGGGUCUCGCUGCUGGCAUCCGACUCCUGGAAAUCCUGGCAGAGCGUGCACACUUAUCUACAGCCAGCUUCAUCAACAUCAGCGUUGUGGGCCCAGCUCUUACCUUCCGCAUUCGUCAAAACCACCAGAACCUGUCACUGGGUGAUGUGGCCAAUAGGGCUGCUCUAGUGAAGCCACAGCUGGAAACUGAAGUGGGAGUGAAGAUCCUGCAGAUGGGUGUGGGACAGCGCAACGAGGCUGCAACAUACCCACAUCCCACACACUUUGGAGACACCUUCCGCUCUGUGCUGCUCACAUUUGUGCUGCUGGCCUGUGUGGCUGGCAUUGUCAUUGCCGCUGCUGUGGUCUUCUGCCUGCGCCAGCAUGCCAAACAACAUGAGAAAGAGCGUCUGGCAGGGCUGGGCCCCGAGGGAGCAGCAGACAGCACCUUUGAGUACCAGGAGCUAUGCCGGCAACACAUGGCUGCCAAGUCCCUCUUUGGCCGCGCAGAAGCCCCGCCGCCCCCGGCCCCAGCAGAGAACUCCCGCGUCAGCAGUGUUUCCUCCCAAUUCAGCGAUGCACCCCAGGCCAGCCCCAGUUCCCACAGCAGCACGCCAUCCUGGUGUGAAGAGCCAGUACAAUCCAACAUGGACAUCUCUACCGGGCACAUGAUUCUGGCAUACAUGGAGGACCACCUACGCAAUCGCGAUAGACUAGCCAAGGAGUGGCAAGCGCUGUGUGCCUACCAGGCUGAGCCAAAUACCUGCAAUACAGCUCGGCAUGAAGACAACAUCAAGAAAAACCGCAACCCAGAUUACGUGCCCUACGACCAUGCCCGCAUCAAGCUGAAAGCAGAGAGCAACCCAUCCCGGAGUGACUUCAUCAAUGCCAGCCCUAUUAUUGACCACGAUCCACGGAUGCCAGCUUACCUCGCUACACAGGGGCCAUUGUCACACACCAUUGCUGACUUCUGGCAGAUGGUCUGGGAGAAUGGCUGCACGGUCAUUGUAAUGCUGAGCCCGCUGGUGGAGGAUGGAGUCAAGCAGUGUGACCGCUACUGGCCUGACGAGGGCUCCUCACUUUACCACAUCUAUGAGGUGAACUUGGUUUCGGAACACAUCUGGUGCGAAGAUUUCCUGGUGCGCAGCUUCUACCUGAAGAAUGUGCAGUCUCAGGAGACCCGGACUCUGACACAGUUUCAUUUCCUGAGCUGGCCGGCAGAGGGCAUCCCCACCACCACCCGGCCUCUUCUCGACUUCCGCAGCAGGAAGGUGAACAAAUGCUACCGGGGCCGCUCAUGCCCAAUCGUCGUUCACUGCAGUGAUGGUGCAGGAAGGACUGGGACAUAUAUCCUUAUUGACAUGGUUCUGAACCGAAUGGCCAAAGGUGUGAAGGAGAUUGAUAUUGCAGCCACCCUGGAGCAUAUACGGGACCAGCGGCCUGGCAUGGUGCAAACUAAGGACCAGUUUGAGUUCGCACUGACAGCUGUUGCGGAGGAGGUGAAUGCCAUCCUGAAGGCGCUGCCACAGUGAUGACCCCACUCAGCGCACCCUCGCUUGAUGAUUCCUCACCUUGCCCCCUUUGCCUCUGCUGUGCUGUGUCCUUGCCCAGGGGUGUUCUGCCUUCAUUAAAGUCUGAUUUCCAUGUUGUUGGCCAUGGCUGCAUUUAAGUUACCUGUAGAGACACUGUCCCCUUACCUCCCAGUCCAUGCUGGGUCCUGUCAGUCUCAUGUUCUAACCUUUGCCCCUCACCUCCACCCUGCUUGGACUUAACCCGCCCAGGUUCCUAUAGCAGCAGCUCCUGGUUGAUGGGAGCUGGGUCAUUGUCUGCUUUACCCUUCCAUAAGGGCAGCAUUCUAGGCCCCAGCUUGCCAUCUUGCUAAGCUCCUUGGGGAAGCGAGGGGGGCUUGAACAGGGAUGAGGAAGGAGUGGUCUUUCCCAUGCCUGACUGUAACUCCCAUCAUCCCUUAUCACUAGCUCCAUUUCUUGGGCUUAUGAGGAUGACAUUCCAACAACAGGGAACACCUCUUGUCCCUCCCUGCACCACUUAAGAUAUACUGUAUCUGCUUUGCCUGGUCUACCAACAUGGCGGGGAUGGUGGACCUUACUAAGGAUGGACCCCUGUGUCCCAUUCCCAUGCACAGAAGACUUGUGGCAUAAUCAGUGAGAUUAAUGCCUAAGCACCAAGAUGAAAGCCCAUCCUAUUAAGCUAUGAAGUUUCCAUUCUGUAGUACAGUACCUGGAAAUCAGUAACCCUUCAGGUGUUGGCCGAAGAGUCCCAUCAUCCCUCAACACUGGCCAUGUUGAUUGGUGGUGUGGCCAGACAGCUGCAGGCUGUCCAUGCUGUGCUGAAGCAUACCUGGCCUGUCUCUCUAGACAUUCGAAAUGGCUCCCGGGAGCUGCACCACAACAAUGGUUGGGAUAAUCCUGCCCCCCAGCUUCACCUUUUGCCCUCCUCUCUCCUGCUUCCUUGCUGCCUGCAGCCAAGCACAGAGGAAGUCUACUCUGUGGGAGAAGAUGGCCCUCCUGCUGCUCCCUACUGUAUUUGUCUCCCUUCUCCCCACCCCUGAUGUUACUCACAGCAAGAGGCAUUUCCAGAGAUUCUAAUUUUGUAUUUGAUGUGAAUAAAGUUUGUGUCGCAUUUGUGUAGCUGCA